AUAUUUGAUAAGAUAGUAAAGAAAAAUGAAUGUUAUUAAAUAUAAUAAAAAAUUAAAGAUGAAUUGAAAUUAAAAAGAUAUUCAAACUUGACUAGUCUAUCUAAAUCAUAAAAGAAUAUUCUUAGUUAAGGCUCUUCAAAUUAGAUGCUCUAAUUAUAUUAGAAUCUUAUUAAUCUAUUUCCCUAUGGAAUAUUGAUUAUUAAUCAACAAUAAUCAAUCAAUUACAUUAAUAAUAAAUGUGAAAAGAUAUUAGAAUGCUAAGGGAGUGAAUAAGUAUUGGAAAAAGUGAAAAUUUGUGUCAAUAGUGCAAAAAUGCAAGAAAAUGUAAGUGAAACAUCAAACAGAUAAUAAAGGAAGCAACAUCAUUAUCAUUUCCUUCAAUAAAUAGUAAGAAAGUUAUAAUUAGCUAAUACGCCAGUUGAUAUUUUAGACAUUAUAUUAUCUCCUUAGAAAUACUUUGGAAUUCUAGGACAAAAGGAAAUGUAAAUUUACAAAGACUUUUAAUCAUCAUUUCAUUAGCAGAUAUUUAUAUAUGAAUGGAUACUCAAAUCAGAACUAUUAUCGAGUAAUUCUUAAAAGAGAUUGAAAUUAAUAAUUAUACCAACUUUUAUGACUAAUCAAUAAUAAGAAUACAUUUCAGCUUCUUCAUAAAUUCGGUCUUCAAGCAAAAGUCACAUUUCAAAUUCCAAUAAUGAUAAAGAAAAUCCUGUUUUGCUCAUUAUAAUUAAAAAUGUAACUCAUAAAUAUAAAUGUAAAUAAAUGAGGGAUGAAUCAAUUAUCAAUCAUAGUUUAAUUAAAUCAUUUUCGCAUGAAUUAAGAACUCCUUUGAAUAGUUGCAAUCAAAUGCUGAAUAUCAUGAAAUUAGAGUAACCAUCAAAAGAAAUUUAAGAUUAUAUUAAUAUAGCAUAGUGUUCAAUUGCAUUAUUAAUUCAUCAAAUUAAUGAUAUUUUGGAUUACGCUGCUUUCCAAUCUUAUUAAUUUCAUUACAAUAUUGGAAAUUUUACAAUAAAUUAAAUUAUAGAGGAAAUCGACCACUUAUAUAAAUUAUAGGCUUAAUAAAAAAAUAUUAACUUUAAAAUCAAAAUCUCAAAUUGUUUAGAUGAAAGGAAUUUUCGCAAUGAUAAGCAAAGAAUUGUAUAGUUAUUGGUGAAUUUUUUAAAUAACUCAAUCAAGUACACCCAUGAAGGAGGUAGAAUUAAUUUAAAUAUCAAGGAUGUUUCUCCAUAAUAUAUUAAUUUUAAAGUGAAAGAUAAUGGAAUUGGAAUUGACGAUCAUAAACUCAACUAAAUUUAAAACAGUUUACUUGAUACAAAAGAAUUUGGGGCUGUAUUGAAAUCCCAUACCUCAAGUAAACAAGCAGGUUUAGGUUUAGUCAUUGCAGCAAGACUGAUUGAGGGUUUAACCGAAUCUAAGGAUAAUAAAUUAAUUAUCACUUCAAAAAAAAAUAAAGGGACAACAGUUGAAUUUCAAAUUGAAGACUUGUAAUAAGAAAAGAAUAUCUUAUCUUCUCAUUUACCAAAUCAAUAAAGUGAAAAGCUAUCCCGUCUGGCAAAUCAAUAGAGCGAAAAGAUAACCCAUUAGGCCAAUCAAUCUGAAUCUAACAUUUAAACUCAACAUUAACAAAAAAUUGUAAUAUUGAAUAGCAAAAAUUAGAAACUUGAAAAUGAUAAGGAUUUCCAAGAAGUAAAAUCUGAAUCUUUUAUGACUUUAAGACUCAAUGAUUCUGAAAAAUAAAAUUAAAUUUUACUACCCAUAAGUCCAGACUAUUUUUCAAAAAAGAAUCUGGAAUAUUAUAAUAAUCUAUAAAAUUAAUUUCAAUCUGAUUUCUCUUAAAAUGAAGAUAUACUUUGUUAAAAUUGUGUUCACAUUCUCAUUGUAGAUGAUAUACCUUUUAAUUAAAUAGCCUUAAAAAUGAUUCUUAACAAAUAUAAAAUUCAAGUUGAUUAAGCAUUUGAUGGAUUUCAAGCAGUUGAAAAAGUCAAACAAAAGAUGUUCAAACAUUGUUCAGCCUAUAAAUUAAUUUUUAUGGACAUCGAAAUGCCAGGGAUGGAUGGUUUUCAAACAAGUAAAUAUGUAACUAAUUAAUCUAAUAUGCAGAUCCUUGAAUUGACUUCUAAUCAAGCCUUUAUUGUGAUAUGUUCGGCAUAUGAUACCUAAGAAAAUAUUCUUUAAGGAAAGAUUAUUGGAAUUAAUACUUUUAUCCAGAAGCCUGUUAAAUAAGAAUAACUGAAUGUAGUACUUAAAACAGUCUUUAAAAUUGAGACUAAUUCCAAUUUUCUUUGA